AUGGUGAAAAUCGGAAAGAAACUGAAAGGGUUCGACGAGGGCAUAAACAGGUACGACACACACAUAGGGGGCGACGCAUCCCAGGAAAAGGAUACACAAGUGAGGAACGGAGUUGAAGGAGGAACAGGUCGAGACUCCAUUACCCUCCUUGGUGAUCAUGUCGGAGAACAUCUUUCCACAGAAGCAAAAAAUAGACGUGGCUCGAUCGAAGAUACCCUUCCAAAUAACUGCGAUAGCAAUGUAGACCAAGAAGACAUAAACGCGUACGUCGAACGAACUGACACGUCCACCCUCUUAACACUCCUUCUGUACAAAGUUUUAAUAACGAGACCAAAAAACGUAAUCGAUUAUAUUACGGAUGAAUUAGCAAUUCUGAUUAACCACGAACCAGAAAUAAAAGAAACAAAAAAGAAUAGGGACAUUGGGAGGGACUCACCCAAUAGUACUCCAUUCCAAGACAACAUGGAUGGCCAACCCAAUCCGCUAGGCGAAGGCGAUUUCUCACUAAAGUACACGCCGACUGAGUUGAUAAAACAUAAAACAUUCCUUGGUGAGAGUUUUAUUACGCUGGAUGAUUUAUUCGAUGCAGUGAAGCAGAUAAAAAUUGAAAACUGCGAUAAAGUCUACUUUAAUAGUUUAUUAAAAAUUUUACGCCCCUUCAAAAAUGCUGAAAAUAAGCGCAUCCUCCGCAAGGAAAAUGUGCAGCCCAACGAGUGUAUACCACUUAACUGGGCUCUCUACCUCACCACCACCUUUUACAAUAACUGUAUUGGUGGUGCGUCCGGUGUGUAG